AUGGCGCUGCAGGAGCUUGCAGAAGAGGGGGGGCUUCCACAGGUGCAGCUGCGCUUGGACAGGGAUAACCUUGAGAGGGUCCUCAUGGCACGAUUAAUGGAGGAACCAGCCGAGGCGCAGUGGCCGCUGCACUACCUGCUGGCCUGCUAUGGCAGAGCCUCUGAUGAGUUCCGGGCUUCUGCCAGCAUCAAGGAUGCAGCCGCUGUGCAGCGAGUGCAGGAAUCGCUGCUGUACAGCAAGCAGCUCGUUGUCUCCUACUCUGGCCUGCUCCUCACCAUGGACAUGUUCCCACAGCCAGCAGUGGCGCAGCAGAGGGGGGCGCUGCAGCUUCUGGACAGCCUGGACAGGAGGGAGGGUGCUGGGCCGCCCACAGCCACGCCCAUGCCAGCGGGCUUCCUGGAAGACUUUGCCCAGCGCUUUGAGCAGGAAGGGCUGGAAACAAUCAUUGAGCCCAUUGCGACGGAGGUGUCGAGGAGGCUGGUUGGGAUGUCUCCUUUGGGGGACUAUGGAGCGCCCCUCGCAAUGCUUCAGGGCCUCACAGCGAUCAGGCCCAUCGCGCGCGCAUACCAGAAGCUGCCACGGUGGCGGCCAGCUGUCGCAAAUGGGCGCCAGCUGCAGACGGAGAGCUUGCUGGGGCCGCCGUUCUCUCUGGGGGUGAUGCCGGACGUGCUGUCCCAGCCGCAGCCGAGCGUGCACCAGCAGUGCUACGCGGGGCUGUCCAAGCAGAACCCCAUGGAGGUCAACAGGAUCCACCACAUGCUGCGCGCCAUCAUGAAGACCAUCCACGACACCCUCUACGCCAUCUCCAUGAACUUUCUCAAGAGCCAGGAUACAAGGGAGGGCAUGUUGAGCUGGUUUGCGCUGGCGCUGGAGUGUAAUGCGGAGCGCGCCAAGCUGCAGACAAAUCCGCGCCUGGCCGCAAACCACUCCUUCUUCGUCAGCCUGGUCACGGUGCUCCUGCGCCUGUGCGACCCCUUCCUAGAGCCCCUCUCCGGCAAAGCCUGGGGCAAGAUAGACGCCGGGUACGUGAUGCGCAGCAAGCGGAUAGACUACAAGGACGACACCAAGCUGGCAGUGGAUGCAGAGGAGCAGAGGGCGGUGCAGGAACGCCUCAGCUCAGGCGACGCAGCCAGCACUCCCUCCUACCACUUCAUCUGCGAGUGCUUCUUCCUCACCGCCAAGGGCCUCCACCUGGGCCUCAUCAAGAUGAUCCAAGACCUCUACAACCUGGCCCGGACGCAGCAGGGGUUGGAGCGGGACCUGCGGCACAUGGAUUCGAUGGUGCAGGGCAUGCUGGAGCAGAACAACCCCAUGGUGGACCACUACCAGCGCCAGAUCACCAUGGUCAAGGCGCGCAUCGAGCAGAUGGGCGACAUGUACAUCGGCUACACCGCCGCCAUCUCCAGUGACGACUUGCUGAAGAACUCGGUGCUGUUCUAUCGGCUGGUGGCUGCCUGGAUGCUGCGCAUGGCGUCCCCCGCCACCGCCACCACUGGCCAGCCCGAACUGCCGCUGCCCUCCCCAGCACCCCUGGAGUUCCGCAUGCUCCCGGAGUACUUUGUGGAGGACAUGGUUGAGCUGCUGCUGUAUGUGAGCCGCUUCAAGCCCAUGGUGCUGGAGGGGCUGCCCAUGGAGGAGCUGCUUCUCUUCUUUGUCACCUUCAUGGGCUCCCCAGACUUUAUCCACAACCCCUACCUGCGCUCCCGCAUGGUCGAGGUGCUGACGACGUGGAUGCCGCAAGAGGAGGAUGGCGGCGCGUCGUGGAAGAGCCGGCGCAGCACGCAGGUGGCCGCCUCCGUGCUCCUGCUCAUCGACAGCCACCCGCUCGUCCUCAGCAACAUGGUCAGGAGUGUGCUGCGGCUGUAUGUGGACAUCGAGCACACCUCGCGCAACAACGCCUUCUACGAAAAGUACAACCUGCGAUACAGCAUGGGAGAGCUCCUUUUGCACCUGUGGAACAUCCCUGCGCAUAGGGAGGCGUGGAGGAGGGUGGCCCAGCAGGAGGGCGGCUACGGGCAGCUCUACCAGCACUUUGCACAUUUCCUGGAGACCGACGCCAUCUACCUCCUCAACGACGCCAUGGAAAUCCUGCCCAAAGUGAAGGAGACGGAGAUAAUGAUGGAGGAUGAGGAGAGGUGGAAGGCGCUGCCCGAGGAGGAGCGCCAGGAGCAGGAACAGACCCUCAACCAGAACACAAACCAGCUGCGCAGCGAUCUGCUGAUGGCGGGGCGCAACUUGAGCAUCAUCCGCAGCUCCACGACCGAGGUCACCGCGCCCUGGUUGCUGCGCGAGAUGGCUCCCCGCAUUGCCUCCACCCUCAACUACUUCUUACUUCACUUGGCAGGGUCGGGGCGGCGGAAGCUGAAAAUCAAGGACCCGCAGCGCUACAGCUGGCAGCCCAAAGAGGUGCUCGCGCAGAUCGCGGCCAUCUACGUGCACCUCUCGCGCGCCGAUGACAACGCUGUCUUCGCGCGCGAGAUCGCCAACGACGAGCGCUCCUACAACUCCAGCAUGUUCGCCGAGGCCUCACAGGUGCUGCGGCAGUUCAUGCUGCUGUCGGAGGGGGAAAUACGCGAGCUGGAGUCCCUGGCGGCACGCGUGGUUUCGGCUGAGGCCGAGAAGGUGGCCGAGGAGGAACUGUUGCAGGAUCCGCCGGAGGAGUUUGUGGAUGCACUGAUGGACACGCUGAUGGAAGAUCCGGUCACCCUGCCCACCAGCAAACAGGUCAUCGACCGCUCCACCAUCUCCAGGCACCUGCUGUCGGACUCGCAUGACCCCUUCAACAGGAUGCCCCUGAAAGAGGAGGACCUCAUACCCAACACAGAGCUCAAAGCGAGGAUCCAGGCGUGGAAGGCCGAGAUGCACGAGCAGGCUCGCAGAAAAAUGCAAUCCUGA